GGUCAGGACCGGCUGUCUGACAUGUCGAAGGAGGCAUAAGAAAUGCGAUGAAGGGAAGCCGCAGUGCCAGAAUUGCGUGCGAAAUCAGUUUGCUUGUGAGGGCUACCAGGCGCUCGAGGAAUGGCAUUCAUCUGCUGCACGAUCAGGCAAACGCAGAAGAAGGAAUGAAUCGCCCGUAAUGAAUGACAACAGUUCGGCCAACUCGAGCUGUUUGAGCUUCCCAGUCUCUACGUUAUCGAGUGUUCAAAUUCCACCGAUCUCCAAUAGCGUUCAAACCCCAGAGAGCCAGCAGGGUGAUACAGAAAUAAACUGGCCAGAGUUAGCGCUUUCUCUUGCUGCUGAGAAUCUACCAGCACUAAACCGCAUGGAUCAGCUUGAUCUCGAUAAACUCCUGAGCCCUGGCUCCUCUGCACAGCAGACGAUGCGCUUUCCCCAUACAUUGGGACUGGAGGCGAAUGAACCCUACUUGACCCAAGUCCAGGACUACAGCACGCGGAUAAUAAAGCCGUUGCCUUUCCUUGUCGAUGGCAUCCGUAGCCCGUCAGAGCGCAAGAUGUUUUAUCACUACCAUGAAGUGCUGGCCAAGGUUCUGCUUCUCGAGACUACAAUCAAUCCUUUCGUAUCCGAGUUGAUUCCGAAAGCGCUGUCGGACAACCGGGGAAGCCAUCUGCUCGCAGCAAUCUUAAGUUUAUCCGCGAGUCACUACCAACAUCUGAUGUCCAUGUCCGGUGCCCAGAUCAGAGAGAUGGACCAGAGGAGUAUUGAGAGUCUGAAAUGGGGGAGUCAUCGGAAAGCCGUACAGCAACAUGCUCACAUGCUGGACCGUGUUGAUUCUGACAGCUCUGACCUACGAGAGCUUUUCAUCCUGACGAUGAUUCUUCACCAGUUCAGUCUUUGCGAAGGUGGUGAUUCCCCCCGAUGGCAGAAGUUACUUGACAUUGCCCGGGGGCUUGUUCGACAACUCUACUGUGAUGGCCAGUAUGACACCCGAGAACGGGAAAAGCUCGACUACUUUGUCCUAGACUGGUUCUACUUCCAUGACGUCUGCUCGUCCCUGACUUCUCACGGGCAGCGGCCAUGCAUAGACAUGUAUUCUCAGAGCCUCCAUUCUUCAGGGCUAACAUCACCUGCCGUUUCUCUAGCCAGCGAAUACGCUGCACUUCGACCAUCAGGUCCGGGUAUUUUCCUCAUCGGCCCUCGUGAUGGUCUCCUACCCAUAAUAACACGCAUUAUCAACCUCCGUAGGUCCUCCGCGGCAGACAGAAGACCUAUAUCGAACGCCGAGAUGUACACAUACGCGUUGAGGAUAGAAGAAGAUCUCCGAAACUGGAAUUUCGACUAUGAUCGCCCUGAAAUUGCUGCCGUUGCGGAAGCCUAUCGACUAUCCGCGUUUCUCCUGCUGUGGUUCACCAUACACCCGCAUGGCCCUCUCGAGCACGAAAAGGUCAAAGACAUAGUCCGCGACGGACUUGGCCUUUUGGCUUCAGUCUCUCCUGAGGAUAGUGCUCAGACUUGCUCUCUGUUACCUAUUUUUGUGUUCGCGGUUAGCACUGAGUCCGUGGAGGACCAUGACUUGGUGCGUCAGUUGAUUCGAAGCUAUGGCUCCUGGGCUUGUCUUGGUAAUAUAAUGGAGGUAGAGACGUUCCUCCAGCAAUGGUGGCUAGCUGCCGAGAAGAUAAACAAGGACAAGAGGAGCUGGUGGGACUGGGAGUUGUAUUUGAAGGAGAAUGGGAUUUCCAUCGCCCUGGUCUAGCAAGGUCGUUGUUGACAGGGGGUUGGCUAUUCAUUCACAGUUCCAACAUAGCUGGCGUUUCAGAGUCUCCUAUAGCCCUGGUAUCAGUAAUGCAGACAGGGCUCUUGUGCAUACUGAUGUUAAUAUGCUAGAAUAGCCCCGUUUCAGCCGAUGAUUAUUAUGGCCUUGCGAUAUGUUGGAAGACUUGAAAACGACCUCAGCCUGAUUCCACCCUCCAGCGUCCAAGCCACAGAGACGACAGUAGCAGUCAGUCAACAUGCAGCCGAGAAGCCGAGUGAAAAGGCCGUGAGCCGUUCCAAAUUGGCGAGUAGCGAUGCAUACAUCUUUGACCAGCAGCUACCUGCAUGGUGUUCAUGCCGUUCCAACGAUACUAUCAACAUGCAGCUGGCUGUAGCAAAGCCUUUUCGCGAAGGGGCUGUGCAUAAAUAUGUCAAUUAUGAUACAUAAGGAGGUUAUAACUCGCAUGAAUCGGUUUGUCCGACGCCCCUUGGAUCAAGCUCUACCUACGCGACAUCCAUCUCGACUUCGCUUCCCCAUGUGUUUCAGAUCGCACACUGUCCAAGUUGGAUUUUACACCUCCAGUUAUCAAAAUCUAUGGCUGGGGGCGGAUAUGGUCUUAUCC